CACAGCGGCGACCACGAGGCGAUCUCCUCCCGGGACAAGCACCGAAGCCAUGACUCACCACGUGUCUACAAUUAGCGUCUGCGCCUGGCUGGCAGCCAUUGUCUGCUUCGUCUUCAGCUUGUCUUCCUGCAGCGCCGCCAGCGUGCAAAUGGAGGACACUGGGAGGAAAUCUUGGGCGGACGUCGUGGACAACUUGCAGAACGACCCCUACGUCAGCGAGCUGGUCAAUCGGCUGCGCGCGCUCAACGAUGCAGAAGAGGCUAAUCUGGCCCACAAGCGCGGACUGGACUUCGGCCUGGGCCGCGGCUUCUCGGCCACGCAAGCGGCCAAGCAUAAGAUGGGCCUGGCAGCGGCGGCCUUCCCGGGCGGACCCGGCCGCCGGCGACGCUCCGUCGAGUAAACGCUCCAUCUGUAAACCAGACCUCCAUCUGGCGUGCUCUCCUCUGCCCCAGCGGCUCCGUGUGAAGCUGCCAUUGCCAACUGAAGCGUCAACCAGCCGGCCUCGGCGGUCUGGAUCCGGUGGUCACGCGGGGUCAGCUGACUCCGGCGGGCCGGGCCGCUUCGGUUCCGUGAGCCGACCAGGAAAACACGUUGGAGGCUGCUGAAGAGGCUGUAGGUAGCCUGAUCUGCAGUGGGACGCCUGAGCCUCAGCUUAUCCCACAGGAUCAGCUGAUCCCACUGAUCCUCACAGCUGCUGGCCAGUCACCUCUCCGCCACCGGCUGAUACUGUGCUGGUUGUUCGCUCACGGACGGGGGCGGUCUUGUCGUUCUCAUACCGGGGUCACAUACGGACCUGUUGGUUUAGUCACAUAUGGGGAGCUGAGCGAGCAUGCCAUCUUUGUUGUAUGUGUUACUUAUUGUUGGAUAAAACACGUCCUAUUUGACUGGUAAUCCUAGUUUUCUCGAAAUCCUUUCGAAUGGCUUAGAAUUCCGAUUUGACAUCGCUACUACGACAGGAAAACUAUCUUUGGACUCCCUGCUCAUUAUUGCAAAGGCAAUACUUUUCAC